UGUUAAAGUAGUAGUAGCAGUACACGUUUAUUUCUUUGACAAAUUAAUACACAGAUUGUUCAAUGAUACACGAGACUUUCAAUCACUGAAAUGAACUCACAGUGUGAUUUGCUGACAUCAUGUUGCAUAUAGCUACACGGAUAAAAACCUAACUCAAUGACUAAUGUAGUUAAUUUAACGUAUCUGAUCCAUGUACAAUUGCGAUUACGUAAUCCAGUGAACGACUAGCCAAUCAGAUCGCAAGAGAUUAUAACUACCAAUCAGUGAAGGAAUUACUUAUUUAUUUAUUAUUACAAGUCAUAAAAAUAAACAAACUAAUAGUAGGGUUGACAAAUUUGAAUUCCACAACUAUUACUGGUAGUGUUGUUAAUAUUUUCUCCCACAUGUGAUUGAUGAUUUGACAUUUUAUGUCGUAAUCAAACUUGAACAUUGAACAGAAUGAAAAUAUUUUUGCGUUACACAUGGUCACUGAAACCAAAACGAAUUGAACAUUAAAAAAAAACAGACUUUUCUGAAAAAAGAAAAAAAAAGGAAUUAUCUGUUGGCCUGAAUUUAACUACAAUAAUCUGCUGUGUUACAGUGAUUUUGGAUGUAUAUAUUCAUACACAAGGACUACCUUUUCAUGGUGUCAGUAGAUCUUCUGUACGGAUCAGCAUAAACAUUUCUUCCAACAGAGCCUUGUUCCUCAGAAACUGAAAGUUUGAAUUUUGAAAUAAUACAACUGAUGCAAGUCAAUGAUCACAAAUUUACAGAAAAUUAUGAAAGUUGAAAACUUUUUGAGAUGUAUACAACUUUUCUACAUUUUUUGCUUCAUAUUCCUUUUUUGUUUGACUACACUGCCUACUAUUCAUGCAUGUUUACAACUUACAGAGAAUGAUCUACCUGCAUUGUUCUGUCAUUCAACUAUACCUGCCUUACCAAUACCAAGAAAUGAUAUUCCAAUAAAUGUAGCCAAGCUUAUCAUUUCAGGGAUAAGUUCUUCAGGUCAACAUAAUGGAAUUUUAACACAUAACAAUUUAACUGGUCUAGAAACAUUAACAUAUCUACAGAUAAGUAAUUUUAAUUUAAAAGAAAUUGAAUCAUACACUUUCUCUGGUAUGAAACAUUUACGUGUAUUAGAUUUAUCAAUGAAUCAAAUAAUCACUAUUCGAUCAGAAGCAUUUAUUGGACUUUCAUUGAAAUUACUUUCAUUAACUGAUAAUAAAGGUAUUAUUUUUGAUCGAUCAUCAUUUAUUGGAGCUAAAGUUUUUCAUUUAGCUGCUAGAAAUUGUAAUUUAACAACAUUGGAUUAUGAAACAAUAGCUGAAGCAAAACCGAAACAAUUAAGUUUAUCGGAUAAUCGAUUAACAUGGUUAGAUCCACAAUUCUCUGAACUUAUUAUUGAUUCUACAAAAAAUUUAAAAAUUCAUUAUGAAUCAAUAAGUAAUUCACCUAUAUUAGGUUAUUUAGACUUAAGUAAUAAUCCAUUAAAUUGUAAUUGUCAACUUGUUUGGCUUUCAAGAUUAGUUGAAAGUCAAUCUUAUAAUGUUUAUCAAUAUAUGAAUAGUAAAGAUUUAAAUAAUAAGAAUGACCUUGAAAAGGAUAUUUCUGAUUGGCCGAAUUCAUCAAUUCGUUUAAUGUAUCAUAUGAAUAUGACAUGUGCACAACCAUCUGAUUUAGCUGGUAAACGAUUACCACAUAGUUGGGAUUAUUUUUGUCCAUUACCAAGUAUAACAGGAAUUGAAAUCAAUAUGCUUACACCAAAUUCUGAUUUAGCUCAAUUAAUAUGUAUUGGUAAGGGUAGACCAACACCAAGUCUUGCAUGGACAUAUAAAAUACAUGGACAAAAAGUACAACAAAUAUUAGAUCCUUCAAUUAAACAAAAUUUCAAUGAUCAAUACUUUUUAUCAUCUAAAGAUAAAUCAUUUUUCAAUAUAUUAUCAAAUAAUGAAUUAAUUGAACGUAAACUUGCAUUAAAUAUUAGUUUAAAUUCAAUAGAUAUUAAAAAUUUCACUUGUACAAUAUGGAAUAAUGAUAAGAUAUCAUCUUCAUCAGUAUUAUCUACUUCUAUAAAUUCUUUAAAUAAUAUAACAGAUAAAUUAAAGACUACAUCACUUAUUGUUCCAACAAAUGAUAAUCAUCAAAUCAAAUUACAAUAUUAUCGACUACAUGAAGUAACAGUACGUAUUUCUGGUCCAAUAAGAUCACCUGAAUUCAUUAAUACACCAAUACUUAAUAAAUUAUCAAAUAUAGACAAUAAUAAAAAGUUAUCAGAAAUUGAUAAUAAAAAAAUAUCAUCAAUAAUAAAUGUACAAACACCAAUGAAAUCAAUACAACAAGAUAAUCAAGAUAUAUAUAGUUAUCUAUUCAUUAAAAGAUUUACAUUAUUAGAAUUACUUGGUGCAAUUAUAGGAACAUUUAUUUCUACAUUAGCAUUAUUAUAUAUGGCAACAAAUUGUUUUUCAUGGUUUUGUCGAAUUAAUGGUAAUAUAUCAAUGAAAAAUUUAUGUAAAUCAAAUUUAAGAUCAAAUGGUAAACUGUUCUCUUGGAUGAAUCCUCAUAAUAAUAAUAAUAAUAAUAAUAAUAAUAAUGGUUUAUUACUCAAUAGUGGUAAUCGUCAAAUAACCAUGAAUCAUACAAAUUCUAAUCAUUUGAAUAAGAAUGAAAGUAGUUUAAAUAUAAAACUGUUACCAUGUGUAGAUAUAGAAACAACUUGUACUACAUUGACAUCAUCAGGAACAACACCUAUACUAUCACAGUUCGGUUCAACGACUAUAUCUACUAGACGACCAAAUAUACCUCAAGCAUUAUUGUUGACUAGUGUUCCAACUCCACGAUUGGAAGCCAAUUCUACACCACCACCGAAUCCAGCAUAUUGGCCUAUGCCAGAAUACACCUAUUCAGGAGCAGGUAGUCAUGAAUAUGAUGUACCUCGACCGUUAGAAGUAUUCAAUGGAGAAAGAUGUGGUCUAAAACCUGGCAUGAUAGAGAAUAUUAACAUAAAUCCCAAUACAGCUCAGUCAUUUCUUAGUUUGGCUAGUCAUUCAUUGUUUCCUAUGAAUAGUACACAGCUGAACAGAAAUGAUAUGGGAAAUAACCCUAACUGUAGUAUCUUCCAGACUUCUGCAAAUAUCCCACCGCUGACAAUGCAAUGGACGCAGACAGUGCAUCCGACGAAUAAAACUUUGACAAUCAAUCCUGUUAUUGCAUGGCAAUCGAAUCUAGUCGGUUCAAAUACCUCAUCUACGACAGUGACAGAUAGACAAUCACAUAAUAGUAACUACACUAAUCAACCAUCAACACAAUCAAUUUUAUAUUCUGCAGACUAUCCAAUGUAUUUGCAAACACGUCCAUAUCCGCAUCAUAAGGAACAACAACAACAAAUGUUUGAAGUUAUGACGAACUCUACCAGAAAUUAUCCAACAGAAGGUCUCACAACUACUCCUGUAGAUAUACUUCACAAUCAUGACCUGCCUAGAAAGUCUGGCAAUUGUAUAUCAGAAAAUAAAGUGCAUAUGAAUGGGACAGAUAGUUAGACACCGUCUAGUGAAUGCUGUUACAUAAGCCUUGAUACAAUAAGAGACUUUAAAAUCAACUCACCAGCACCUCCUCCAUUUCACAGGUUGUUUUCACUCAUAGCAUUUUACUGUAAUAAUGAGAUAUGUAUAAAUAAAAAAUCAAGCAAAACUUCAGAAAAUCUUUAUAUCCCUGUAUAUGAACACAAUAAUGCACUCGACAAUCUAUAAACAAUGUUUUUGAAAUAUUUGAUUCUUAGUAUAUCAGUGAUGCAAAUAAACAACCUUCUCCUAAAACUUUAUUCUUCUUUUCUCACAUUAUGCUCAAAUAACUUGAACUUUUCCAAAGUCUUUCCUAAUCAACUUACAUUAACCUCUGAACAAAUAAAAAUUUAUUCCUAAUAAAAUUUCACAUUCAUUGUUUGCCUACUGCUGCAUUAUCAGUAGUAUACUAAUAAAAUUGUAAAAUUCAAAAUUGUAACAUUGAACGGUCAUAUACAUAUAAUAAUUACAGAAAAU